UCUAUUUAACUAAUUAACUAUUUAUUUAAUCGUCGUAUAUUUAUCAUUUUUCUAAUCACACUUUGAUUAUUUUAUUAUCGUAUUGUUUUGACGCGAAAAUUAAAAUUGGAAAAAGGGAAAAUUAGUGUAAUCGUAUUGUUCAAGAAUUUCGAUCGUUUUUUGUACUCGCUUUUUGUCUCUCGUAUGAUAUUUCUCUUUUGAUCUUUUUUAUUUAUUCUUUCCGAAAAAGAAAUCUUUUGAAAACAAGUGGAAGAUGCUGGACACCUGAUCAUCCUUCGAUGUUGUUGCGAAUGUGAGGAGGAUCUUCUGAAUGAGCUGGAUCAAAGUGGAGGAUGACGCGUCUCGUGACUUUCCUGUUCUUGGCAUCGUGUACCUUCGUCAACGCUCGUACGUAUUUGAACGUGUCAGGUGACAUCCUUUUAGGUGCCCUUUUCCCGAUUCAUGGAAAGGGUGGUUCCGGUGAAAAUUGUGGGAAGAUUAAGCUCGAAGAUGGAAUUCAACCGUUGGAAGCGAUGCUUUACACGCUUCAACAAAUCAAUCAAGAUCCUAAAAUUCUACCGGGUGUACGUCUUGGUGCAUUAGUCUUCGAUAGCUGUGACAAUCCAAGCUACGCUCUGGAACAAGCAUUGAAUUUCGUCAAAGGCUUCAUCGCCCACUCGAAUGAAUUUCACGUCCAGGAAUACGAGUGCAGAGACAAGAGCGUACCAAAGUUCUCUAAGGGUGGAUUCGACAAAAUUGUAGCUGUGUUGGCGGACCAGUCGAGUUCGGUCACCAUACAGGUGGCAUCCAUGUUGAAGUUAUUUUCAGUACCACAGAUAUCCUACAUGGCUACCUCACCGGCACUCAGCAACAAGAAAAUAUACCCUCAUUUUUUCCGUACGAUACCGAGCGAUCUUAAUCAAGCACACGCCAUGUUGGAAAUUCUCAAGCAAUUCGAAUGGACCUACGUUUCGAUCGUUUAUUCGGAUACGGAGUAUGGAAAUCAUGGCUAUGAAACACUGACCUCUCUUGCGUAUUUAUAUUCCAUUUGCUUUAGUACACCGCAAAGAAUUAAUAAAGAACAUUUUACAAAUGAGGAUUACGAUACUGUUAUUCGUACGAUCGCCAAUAAGACUGACGUUCGAGUCGUCGUUCUUUUCGCGGAAAAAUCUACGACCCUUCGCGUACUCGAUGCGGCGAAACGAUUGAACGUAGGUACGAGAUUCCUUUGGAUAGGAAGCGAUUCUUGGUCGAGUUCCAAUCAUCGGGAUUUUGCUGACCUCGACUCAAGUCGCAUGGGUCAAGAGAUGGCAGUUUUGGAAGGUGCAUUGGUAGUUCAACCACUUUCGAGACAAUUGUCCGGCUUCGAUAAAUAUUUCACCAAUUUGACAUUAGAACACGAGAAAAUAAAUCCUUGGUUCCGUGAAUUUUGGCAGGAAUACCAUCGUUGUGGAAUCAAUGAUACUGAGAGUAUGAACAUUACCAAGGAGUAUUUUUACGAUUCGUGUCUCAACGAAAGCUUGACCCUGAAUAUCUCGAUGGGUUACAAGCAACAAAAGUUUCUACAUUUUGUUAGGGAUGCCAUAUACUCGAUGGCCCAUGCCCUUCACGACAUGCAAAAAGAAAAAUGUGGCGAGGGAUAUAACGGGAUUUGUUCUGAAAUGAAACAUAUCGAUGGGAUCGAUCUGACGAAAUAUCUACAGAAUGUUUCUUUCAAAGAUGACGCAGGAAAUAAAUUCAGAUUUGUCGAUGUCGCCGAUGGUCCGCCUAGAUAUUCGAUUUUAAACUAUCAACGUAAUAAAGAUGGAGCGUAUCGUUGGAUAGUAAUCGGAAAUUACACAGAAAACGAGAACGGUACGCCAUCAUUGUACAUAGAGACGACCGCUAUGAAAUAUCGAAAUCAAACGAAAGGCGGAAGAAAAUAUUUUCCAAACUCAACGUGUUCUCGACCAUGCGAAUCAAAUCAAGUGAUGAUUCGUGAGGAACAAGAUCUUUGUUGUUGGAGAUGUCGCAAAUGUGGACUUUAUCAGUACAAAGUGAACGAUCAGAGAUGCGAGGAUUGUUUAUUGGGUACACGACCAACGAAAGAUUCUAAGAGAUGUGAUUCGAUUCCUGAAGAGUAUAUCGAUUAUUAUAGUCCAUGGGCGAUCGUGGCUAUGGUGGUCGCUAGUAUCGGUAUAUUAUUAACUAUCUACGUAUGGUUUAUAUUUCGAAUUUAUGGAGAGACUCCAGUGAUAAAAGCAUCCGGUCGAGAAUUGUCAUCCCUUUUGUUAUUAAGCAUUCUAGCAUCAUUUCUAAUGACAUUUGCAAUCGUCGCUGAACCAAUUACUGAAACUUGCGCCAUCACCAGGUUUGGAAUUGGUUUUUGUUAUACAUUGUGUUAUGCCGCUUUAGUCACUAAAACCAAUAGAAUACAUAGGAUAUUUAAUAAUAUUUCUCACAGUCCGCGUAAGUCAAGAUACACCAGUCCUAAAUCUCAAUUGCUUAUAACGGGAAUAUUGAUACUACUAGAGGUAAUAGUCAAUGUGAUAUUGCUCAUAAGGGUACCACCGAGGGUAAAACACAUUUACCCUACGAGAGAUACUAAAAUCAAAAUUUGUCAAGGUCUCGAUGAUAGAUCCUACAUAGUCAGCUUGAUCUAUCCGUUCGUUCUCAUAGUUAUAUGCACCAUAUAUGCGAUCAAGACACGAAAAUGUCCGGAAGGUUUUAACGAGACCAAACAUAUAGCAUUCACGAAUUACACGACCAUGGUACUCUGGCUGGCAUUUGUACCGCUUUAUCUCGUUUCAAACAGUAACGCCAUAAGAGUGGUAACCUUGGCACUAUCGUUGUCACUUAGCGGUUUGGUACAACUCGCCUGUCUCUUCUUUCCAAAGAUCUAUAUCGUAUUGAUAAAACCGGAAAAGAAUACGAAGGAAUUGGUGAUGGCACAGCAUAGAAGCUCAUCUUAUUUACCGACCUCCGCUACACCUGUCGUAGCAUUAAACGGUAAUCCAUUUAUUUUUCAUACGACGAAGGAACAAAAGCCGUAAUAGUUUUUGGGAACUUCGACAACAUCUAACGAAUGAAAUUAAUAUAGAUGAAUGAAUAAUAUAGAUAAUACAGAUCGAAUCGAUACGAUGAAGCUUUCGACGUGCUAAAAACGUACUAAUUACUUUUUAUCA